CCAGGAGCAGUCUCGUUUUACUUUGGGCAAAUAACAGUCGACAAGAAUGUUCAGCAAAGUCAAAAGUGCCUACGACGCGGCCAAGAAGAAUGUGGACGCCGCCCUCGCCAAGUUCCACGGGAAAGACGACCUGUUCUCUGACGUGGACGCUAACCGGUACGCCCGGGACGUCCAUCUGUGCGCGGCGGUGCUGAAGGACCCGGGGGCCGCGGACGAGGAUAAAGUCACGGCGGUCAUGACCAUGGGACACUUGGCGUUCACUGGUGGAGACUGUUCCAAAGCGGUGCUGGAAUACGUCAGUAAAAUUGUCUUCAUUUUGAACGAGUCCAACUCUUCAGUGAGACUGCGGCUAGCCUGCAUGAGCGCCCUGGGAGAGUUUUGCAUUAGUUAUUCUGACGACUCCCUUCUGUGUGAACUGCGCAAGUUGGGACUGGUCCAGACCCUGGUGAACAUGGCCAGUAGUACGGGCGAGCCGAACCUCCAGCAGUGGGCCUGCUACACACUCAGACUCAUGAUUUCUGAUGACGCCACGACUCUGAACAUGGCUUCUGAUGUUCUGAAUGUUGACCUCAAGCUGAGACGCGCACGCGCACUGGACUGGUCCAACUGGAACGACAACGAGGCUGACGUCAUACUAAACUUACUUGGCUUCGGAGACGACGUCUAGUAAAGGACAUAGUCGUACAAUCGCCGUA